ACCGGAACUAUUGUACGGUGGUCUCUGUUGCAAUAGGGUGACACCUGCGGGCGGACACGGCUUGUUUUCGUUUUCAAAACAAACCAGCUUUCUAAAUUUAGCUACGUUUUAUGUUACCUAAAUUUCUGAGAUUAGUUAUAAAGCAAUGUCCUGAUAUUUUACUAGCUAAAAAAUUGCAUUGUUUGUCAUACAGGAUUAACGCAAGCUAUACUUUUCUGGGAAUAGCUUUAGAGUAUUUUUAGCUAACGUUAGAAAGCUCCGCAAUGGUAAAGAUUCUGCAAGCUGUCGUUAACCACAUUAGCACUGUUAUCUAAUGUCAAGGUAUGUGUUGACAGGUCGAAAAACGCAACACAGUAUAUGACAUCAAAAUUAUAGCCUGGACGUUAACUAAAAUUACAUUUGGUAACGUUAGCGGACAGACGCAUCUGCUCGAAUGCUCAUCUUAACGUUAGCGUGUUGCUAGCUUACACCGUUGGACAGAAAUCAAACAUUUUGGCUAAUUAAGCAACAUAGGAAAGUGACGUUAGAAUGUGACAACUAUGGGCAAAACUCGUUGCUAACCAGCUUAGGUACUGCUUUGGCAGUGAAGUCAUGCAUGACUUGAAGUGCCUCUUAUUCAAGAGAAUCCUGUCCACUGUAUGGUGGUAAAAAGGUUCAUUACGAUCAGUGAGAUAUUUGGGCUUGUGUACCUGCAAAAUGCCUGGAAUCGUGGUGUUUGGUCGGCGGUGGGGGAUCGCAAGUGAUGAUCUGGUUUUCCCCGGCUCCUUUGAACUGUUCGUCCGUGUACUUUGGUGGAUUGGGACCAUGAUCCUGUUCACUUAUCACAAGGGUAACUUUGAUUGUAAUGGGAGAGGAGUUCUUCACAGCUAUCUGGUUGGACUGUUGGUUGUGCUGGCGCUCAUCAUCCUGUCUCUAUGUGCUACUGUCUACGUCAGUGCCCAAGGUACCAUUACAAACCCUGGCCCGCGUCGCUCUAUCCCUGCAUUACUGUACCUUCGAGCUCUCCUCUACAUCCCUGAGCUGGUGUGGGCCUGUCUGGGAGCUGUCUGGGUGUCUGAUGACAGCCAAGGCUGCGAUCCUGCCACAGUGGGUGUUGUCACCACAGCAGUGGUUGCCAGCUGGAUCAUCCUGCUGUUCACUGGGUUGGGCGUUGUAUUUGUGUUUGACCCGCUGGGCAACCCCCGUCCUAAGCCUGCUGCCAUGGAGCCACUGGGAGUAAGAGACCUGGAGAGCAACGAGGGCACCCAGUUCCUCUCCACAGCUCGCUCCUUGGCCAUAAAAGUGUGGGAGAGCAGGCUGCGGCUCCUGUGCUGCUGUCUGCCGCAGGACGAAAGCCACCGGGCGGCGUUCUCCAGCAUCGCACAGCUCGUCGGUGGAUUCUUCUCUGACACAGACCUGGUCCCCAGCGACAUAGCAGCUGGUUUGGCUCUGCUGCACCAGGAGCAGGACAAGAUGGCGCAAAGUAGAUACCCAGACGUCAUGGUCGAUCACAGCCCUUCGUCUCCCAUCGGAGAAGAUUUGGAGACAGAGUUGGAGAAAGCAGCUCACUGUAUGCAGUUUGCAGCAGCAGCCUACGGCUGGCCGAUGUACAUUUACUCCAACCCCCUUACUGGGCCCUGCAAACUCAGUGGAGACUGCUGCAGAAGUCGUGCGGCAGAGUAUGACAUCGUUGGAGGAGACCACCUCGGCUGUCAUUUUUCCUCCAUGCUGCACAGCACUGGUUUGCAGUACAGAGACUUCAUCCAUGUCAGCUUCCACAACCAGAUCUAUGAGAUCCCCUUCUUCGUGGCUCUGGAUCAUAAGAGAGAAGCUGUUCUGGUGGCUGUCAGAGGAACACUGUCACAGAAAGAUAUCCUGACAGACCUGUCUGCUGAAUGUGAGAACCUGCCCAUAGAGGGAGUGUUGGGAGCCUGCUACGCUCACAAGGGCAUAUGUCAGGCGGCAGGUUAUAUCUACAAGAAGCUGGUCAAUGAUGGCAUCCUAAACCAGGCUUUCUCCAUAGCACCGGAGUAUAAACUGGUCAUCACUGGUCACAGUUUGGGUGCUGGCACAGCGUCACUGUUGGCUAUCCUCUUGCGCAAUUCCUUCCCCACCCUGCAGUGCUACUCAUUCUCUCCACCAGGGGGACUCCUGAGCAAAGCCUUAGCUGAAUACUCCAAGGACUUUGUGGUCACUGUUGUGCUGGGAAAGGAUCUGGUUCCCAGAUUGAGCAUUCCCAAUAUGGAGGAUCUGAAGAGGAGGAUUCUUAAAAUAGUUUCAAACUGCAAUAAACCCAAGUACCGCAUCCUGCUGCAGGGAUGUUGGUACGAGGUGUUCGGAGGAGACCCGGAUGACUUUCCUACUGAGAUGGACAACAGGAGGGAGGAGGAGCUUAGCCAGCCACUGUUGGGGGAGGAGUCCCUGAUGAUUCGCCACUCAUCAUCCUAUCAGAGCCUGGCGUCAGAUGACUCACCUGCUCACACUGCUACACACUUACCUCUCUUCCUGCCCGGACGCAUUCUGCACAUCACAGAAGAUGGGCCGUCACGGAGAUCCUGUUUUUCCCAGGUCCGGUACCGUGCAGACUGGUCCAAUGAAAUGGCAUUCAGGAGUGUUUUGAUCAGUCCCAGGAUGCUUGCAGAUCACAUGCCCGACGCCGUGCUCCGAGCACUCAACAGUCUGACCAGUGACAGGCCCUUCUCCCUCUGCCCGUCAUCUUUAAACAACAGCCAGCAAAACACAAUCUGACAUGUGUCUCCCAGACUUAAAGUAGAGUAUUUUCUCCAUAAUAUCAAACACUUCAUGCUCUUUAUUUGCAUGCUGUUUGCAGGCCUAAUCCUAAAGCCCCUUUUCUAAAGAAGACAUUUGGAACCCGGAUUGUAAUGGUAAUGGUUUCGUGAAACCAGAGAUUUACCCGUUUGAGCUCCACGAAUGAACAUGUAUAAAUUGCACUUUUAAUGAUUUUAAUUUAAAUAAUCAGUUUUAUAUCAACUCUCUGAGUUACUCUAUUGUAUGCCAUGAUUUUUGAAUGUGCGUUGUGUACAACAUUUGGCAGUGCUACAGUUUUAUUGUAAUGCCUGUUCUACAUGUUACAUUUGUGUGAGUGCUGUAUGCCUUGUAGAGUCUUCCCCCUGGUCACUGUAAAUGUCAGAUGCUGUCUUCCUUAUCUGUGGGGACGAUCGAAGAGCAGUCUGAUCCAUGAUGUGAGAAUAUAGGAGUAACUUUUACCUCCAAAUGUGGAUUGAAGCAUUACGUCCUUAUUGUAUUGUAACUGUGGUCAGUCUUUCUUGUGUUUUAAUGUCUUGAAACAUCAGGGUUAUCAGUGCCUAUGCAUUACAGAAAAACAAGUCAACAUAAUUGCUUUACAGAAAAACACAGUGAUAAGUGCAAUGUGUUUACAAAAGGUUCUGUUCUGCAUUCUCUACAAUACAGUGCAUGGUGUUUGGCAAAUAAUGAUAGAUAUAAGAGGUAUGUAUAAGAUUGUACAUUGUGUGGGAACCUGUUUACUUGCCAUGGAUAUUACAUCUUUUUUUUUUUUUUCAGGUAAUAUAUACGAUUAAAGUUUGAAUCUACUGAUGCUUGCAUAACCAUUUGACAUUUACAAUAGAGUACAUUGGAAUCCUUGAUACAAAUAAAAAACUCUUGUGAAGCACA